GAGAGGGUGGGAGCCCCGGGGCAGGGCCGAUUGUUUUCCGGGGGGUAUAUAAGGGGUUUUAAGGAGAGUCGUGUGCCAGACACGCAGCCCCUGAACCACAAGCGGCUUCGCGUUAACUGGAGAGCCGGGGAGUCGCGUGCCAGGAGCCAGGGCCGAGUGACGGACGGACGCGCACCGCCACAGCCGCACACGACACCGGGCGCUCGGACUCCGUGGCCCCAGGUUCCCUGCGGAGCCGCGGCUGCAGCGCCCGGGCGCGGGGACGAGCGCGCCAGGAUGUUCGUCAAGUCCGAGAGCCUGGAGCUGAAGGAGGAGGAGGACGUGCUGGUGCUGCUGGGCGCUGCCUCCCCGGCCUCGGCCGCCCUGACCCCGCUGUCGUCCAGCGCGGACGAGAACGAGGACGAGGAGCGGGCCGCGCGGGGCGGGGCUGGGGCGGCGGGGGACGGGAGCUGCGGGCCGGCGCGGACGCCGGGGCUGGGGCUCGAGUGCAAGCGGCGGCCCCCGCGCGCCCGGGCGGCCUCGCGCGGCGCCAAGACGGCGGAGACGGCGCAGCGUAUCAAGAGGACGCGCAGGCUGAAGGCCAACAACCGCGAGCGCAACCGCAUGCACAACCUCAACGCGGCGCUGGACGCGCUGCGCGAGGUGCUGCCCACCUUCCCGGAGGACGCCAAGCUCACCAAGAUCGAGACGCUGCGCUUCGCGCACAACUACAUCUGGGCGCUCACCGAGACGCUGCGCCUGGCCGAGCACUGCGGGGCCAGCCUGCCCGGGGCGCUCUUCCCCGAGGUCGCGGGCGCCGCGCCUGGCGGCGACGGGGACAGCCCGUCGCCCGCCCCCACGUGGAGCUGCGCCGCCAGCCCCGCGCCGUCCUCCGCGCCGUCCUCCAGCGCCACCUCGCCUCACAGCUGCACUUUGUCGCCCGGAAGCCCGGCUGGGUCCGACUUGGACUACUGGCCGCCGCCCGCCGCCCAGCACCGCUGCGCGCCUCGCCUGCCCCUGGCCGGGGACUGCGUCGGGCCUUAGCGGGCCCGUCCUCGAGCACCGGGCCUCGUCCUGCUUCCGGGCAGGCGGCCUUGUGGGGCUCGGCCCGGCCCUGCCCGGGGAGUGGGGUCUGGGCCUCCGCCCGGGCUCCCGGCCCUGGGUGGCGCGGGCGGACUCACGCUGCCCCCUGUCCCCGCCGCUUGGGACUCGCUGGGAGCCCCGCCACUGGCGCCGGGUCCCCUCACCUCGCUC